AUGCAAGGAAGUGUCUCUUUUUUCACCCAGUCCUUUGUCUUCUUAAGAUGUUUUGUUAAAGUCCUAUGGUCUACCUGCCAAUUAUUGAUGGACCAGAAAGUUCCUGAAGAGAUUUACAAAGUCCGAUCUUUAUAUCUGUGAAUGUGUGUGUGUCAUUGACAAGAAGGUGUGGCAUUAUACUGUGUUACAGACUCUCGUGUAUCACAGGCAUACAAACUUGUGCACUAUAAGGAGUAUCACUUUACAAGCCUGAUGCACUGUUCUUCUUUAAGUCAGCAAUCCUCAGUGUAUGGUGAAAUCCACUCUGCUGCAUUUAUCUACAUUCGUGAGUUUGUUCUGCCAAUUUCACAGCAUGUCGGGUAACUACGAUGAGAGUCUGGUGUCCGAUGAGACCACAGACAGUUUCUGGGAGGUUGCAAACUACAAGCGUACAGUAAAGCGCAUCGAUGACGGUCACCGGCUCUGCAAUGACAUGAUGAGUUGCAUUCAAGAGCGUGCCAAAAUAGAGAAGGCAUAUUCACAGCAGCUAACAGACUGGUCCAAGAGAUGGAGACAGCUAGUGGAAAGAGGGCCACAGUAUGGCUCAGUAGAGAGGGCCUGGAUCGCAAUGAUGAAUGAAACAGAUAAAGUGAGUGAUCUUCACCAGGACAUAAAGAACAUUCUUGUAAAUGUGGACAUGGAGAAAGUGAAAAACUGGCAGAAAGACUCAUACCACAAGCAAAUUAUGGGAAGCUUUAAGGAGACUAAAGAGGCAGAGGAAGGCUUCAGAAAGGCUCAAAAACCAUGGGCCAAAAAGCUUAAAGAGGUGGAGACAGCAAAGAAAGCAUACCAUAUGGCCUGCAAGGAAGAGAAGAUUGCCUCCAGUCGAGAAGCCAACAGCAAGGGAGAAGCAUCAUCUACCACUGCAGACCAGCAGAAAAAGUUCCAGGAGAAGUUGGACAAAUGCAAAAGUGAAGUUCAGAAGGCCAAAGAGAAAUAUGUGAAGACUUUGGAUGAGCUGAGCAAUUGUACACCACAGUAUGUGGAAAACAUGGAGCUGGUGUUUGAACAGUGCCAGCAGUUUGAGGAGAGGAGACUGGCUUUCUUCAGGGAGGUGCUUCUGGAUAUCAAACGUCAUAUUAACCUCACAGAGAACCAAAGCUAUGCCACAGUUUACAAGGAGCUUGAACGAACUAUCACCUCUGCCAGUCCUCAAGAAGACCUCAGGUGGUUCAACAACAACCAUGGCCCAGGCAUGCACAUGAAUUGGCCGCAGUUUGAGGAAUAUAACCCAGAUCUCAGUCAUGCUAUCAGCAAGAAAGAAAAAGUGAAAAAGAACCAUGAUGGUGUUACACUCACCCAUGUCAUGACUGUUGGGGAUCAACACUCAUCACCACAGGUUGAAAACCGUAGCAGCGUGAGCAGUUAUGAAAAGACUCAGGCCUACUCGGCAGAGUGGUCAGAUGAAGAGCAGGCCGCUGCAGAGACCAACGGAGGCAACAACCCAUUUGAGGAGGAAAGGAGCCAAGGAGUGCGAGUCAGGGCACUAUAUGAUUAUGAAGGGCAAGAACAAGAUGAGCUCAGCUUCAGAGUAGGUGAUGAACUAACUAAGCUAGAAGAUGAAGAUGAUCAAGGAUGGUGUAAAGGAAGACUGGAUGACGGGCGGCUUGGACUGUACCCAGCCAAUUAUGUUGAGCCUAUUUAGUUGCCUUGUGUGAAAAAAAUGGUCUUGUUUUAGACAGGCCUGAAAGACUGAACAUAAACAGAGACUCCAAUCAAUUUCCAUGAAAACCUGAAUCUUACAGUAUGCAUUCAUACGAUACCCUAACAACAGAAGUGAUCAGAAACAAAAUGUUUCCGUAUGUAAUGUGAUCUCAGCAGACACAAUGAAGGCCUUUAUGUCACUGUGGCUGUAGCCUGUUCUGUAAGAUAUUGAUAUAAUGUGGUCCAUGAGGCCUAGCAUAGCAAUGCAAUAUGCAAUAUGUAUAUUUUAUUAGUAUCAGGUGUUGUAGUGACAGUCUCAUAUUUGGCCCUGUUUUAUUAUUUGCCUGGGUUGUAACAUGCAUACACAUGACCUUUUAUGUCUUAUUCUAUUUAUUGAUUUGCUGAGAUACUUGUCAUAGGUGUAUAUGAUUGUGUGAUGUUUCUAUCUCUAUGUACUGAACAUGAAGACACAGAUGUUUUGGCAUGUGUUAGUGUUUUCACUUCUCUUCUACCUGGAAUGCAGGCUGCACUGGAAUUAGUCACCAUAUUGCAGCUGGAUUGUGAAGCUCUGGCCCUGGCAUUUAGCAGUUUGGUUCAUGCUUGUAUUUCUUAAAUGCUGUCAUUGAGUCUUUUUGGAUGAAAGAAAAUCUUUCAGCACUUUGCUGUUUUUGUAACAAUCACAUCUUCAAUGAGCAGUUUAUGUGACAAAACUGUCAUGUUAACAUCGUCACUACUUACAAAGUAAUUACCUCUUUAAUAUAUAUAUGUCAACAUAUUCUAAAUGCAAUUAACAUUACAUUUCUCAAGUAAAACUAAACUACUAUUUGUCCAUUUUAGCAAAAUACUUGAGCUGAGUGCCUAAUAUAAUUAUAAAACAUUUUCUCUAAGUAAUAUUUUACAAUGUUCUUAUGACUGCGAUAUCAUACAAUUUGCAUUGAUAUGCAUAAAGGACAUAUGCAUAUGCCUUAAGGUAAUAUUUAAAGGUAAUACUUUUUCGUAUACGCAAUACCUUACUUAAACAAUGGCAGUGCAUCUUGCAAUGAAUAAACCCUAGUUGGCAAUUUAAAUGAUUAUUGCCUUUAGGGUUUGGUAAGUAUUAGAAAAGAUAGAUCUUCUGUGUAAAUAUUUUUUCUACACUUCAGAACCUUCUCUUUUCUGUUUGGCCAAUAAAAUUAAGGGCAUGGAAAUGGAAACACCAGCAUGAUCUGAGUGUGUUUAAGCUCACAUUUAAGCUGAUAUUUAAUACUUCUAAUGCCAGUGUGGUGACUGUUCAAUUGUUCAGUUCUAAAUUAAAGCCUAACCUGUAACGAA